AUGAAUAAUUGGUUGGGAUUCUCUCUUUCACCUCAAGAUCAUUUCCCUUCUCAAGAUCACUCACAAAACUCAGUUUUCAACUCAGAUGAAAUCUCAGCCACACAAGUUUCAUCAAGUGAAUGUUUUGAUCUAUCUUCUGACUCAACUAUUCCUUCUCUUAACGUUCAUGCCCCUUUUGCCAUUUUAGAAGAUUUCCAAAGGAACAAUAAUUCACAAGAUUGGAAUAUGAAGGCUGCUCGAUUGAACUCAUGCAGCAGUCAAAACCUGGAGAAUCAAGAAAGGCCAAAACUGGAAAACUUUUUUGGAGUUUCUGGGCAUACUUUUAAUGAUCAAGAACACAAGAAAACCAUUUCUACUGAUACUUACAUAUACCAAGAAUCUGCCGAGGUCACCUCUCAAACAUCAAGCAACAAUAAUACUAUUGGCCUCUCCAUGAUCAAGAACUGGCUGAGAAAUAACCCGGCACCGCCACAAGCGGCUGAGAACAAAGGUGAUGACGAGGCGGUGCUACCACCACCGAGGUCUAGUAGCGUACAGAGUUUGUCACUUUCAAUGAGAACUGGCUCACAGUCAAGCUCCCAUUUGCCAGUUACUACUGUAAAUGGUGAGAGUUCUACAUUUGGUAACAAUGAACAGCAGCUUAAAAAUGCUCUUGAUAGCCAAACUGGUGCAAUAGAGGCUGCACCGAGGAAAUCUAUAGAUACAUUUGGACAAAGGACAUCUAUCUACCGCGGCGUAACAAGGCAUAGGUGGACCGGCAGAUAUGAGGCACAUUUAUGGGAUAAUAGUUGUAGAAGAGAGGGACAGACCCGGAAAGGAAGGCAAGGAGGUUAUGACAAGGAAGAAAAGGCUGCUAGAUCUUAUGAUUUAGCAGCAUUAAAAUACUGGGGAACUUCUACAACUACAAAUUUUCCAAUGAGCAACUAUGAGAACGAAAUUGAGGAAAUGAAGCUCAUGACGAGGCAGGAAUAUGUAGCAUCAUUAAGAAGGAAGAGUAGUGGAUUCUCUCGAGGUGCGUCAAUUUAUCGAGGAGUCACAAGACACCACCAGCAUGGUAGAUGGCAAGCAAGAAUUGGAAGAGUUGCUGGGAACAAGGAUCUCUAUUUGGGAACUUUCAGCACGCAGGAGGAAGCGGCCGAGGCCUACGACAUUGCAGCGAUUAAAUUUCGAGGAUUAAAUGCCGUAACUAAUUUUGAAAUAAACAGAUAUGAUGUCAAAAGUAUACUAGAGAGCAGCACAUUGCCAAUUGGAGGGGCUGCUAAGCGCCUCAAGGAUGCCGAAAUGGCUCUAGAUAAACAAAGGAGUUUUGAUGAGAACCCGAUUCAUUUGACCGAUGGACUUAAUAGCUAUAGCGCGCAUCAUGGCUGGCCAGCCAUUGCUUUCCAGCAAGCUCAGCCACUGAGUAUGCUCACACCUUAUCCUUAUAGCCACCAAAGACGAGAUCUUGAUGUCAAUCAAAGUUUUCGUGAUCUUCAUCAACUUCAACUAGGAAAUGCACAAAAUUUCUUGCAACAUUCAGUGUUGCACAAUCUCAUGAGCCUGGAUUCUUCUUCCGUUGAACACAGCUCGGGAUCGAAUUCAAUCAUUUACAGCAACAAUGGAACAGGGGAUGGGAAUGGAACCGAGGGUAACUUUUUCGCGCCAAUGGGAACCGUGUUAGCUCAAGAAGAAGUGAAGCCACUUGAUUAUGAAAAUAUGUUUGGACCGGGGUCGGGGGAUCCUUAUCUUCAGGAAAGAAAUUUCUAUUAUCAAUCUCAGCAACCUUCAUCAAAUAGCAUAGUGAAGACUGCUAGUGUUUGUGAUCAGGCCUCAACUUGUAACAAUUGGAUUCCUACUGGUGUACCAACUCUUGCUGCUAGGCCUAACAAUAUGUCUGUUUGUCCUGGAGCUUCAACUUUUACGGUGUGGAACCAAACAUAA